GUGAGACUUUGGAGUCUACCCCAAGGUAGUUUAGCUACAGGAAGGUGAGAGCUCAGGAGCCUAUGUGGGUGGGAGGAGCUCUGUCUGUUGGCUGCCAGAGACAGGGGAAGCCACUGACUGUGUGUGUGUGUGUGGCAAGGCAGUCAGGUGUAGCUCCAGGUCAAGGACAGACAUCUUCUCCCUGUGCACACAAGAGUGUGAGGCUGGCGUCUGCACCCAUGGUUCCAACUCUGCUCUCCGGAGAAGGAGCUGUGGGCCAGGGACUAUCUGAGAGGGAGGGAGGACCAGCAUGUGCAUCGAGCUACAGAGUAUCCAGCAUAGGAACAGUUACUUUCUAAACAGCUCCACUUGCAAUGUCUGGGCAAGAGAUUUUCAAUAGCCAGUUCUAGUCUCUGUUGGGCAAUCCAGAGCCCAGGAGGAAGCAGGCACCUGCCUGUCAAUCUCUGUCAGCCUCAUUGGGCAACAGCAUUGGGCAACAGGCCCCACCCCUGCCUAGCACAGGCAUUACAGGCAGUCACCACCACCACCACAACUAACUUUUGAUGCCGGGGCUAUGUGUCUGAACUCAGGUCCUCAUGUUUGUACAGCAGCAAGCACUUUACUCACGGACUCCCCAGGCCCAGGACUUCUUUAUGUAGGAAGUCCCUGACCAGCUUCCUAGCAGAGCCCAGGGAGUUUGGCUGUGAAGAUGGAGUUGGGUAGAAACUCCUCAACUCCCAGAGAAACCAUUGCUCCUCUUGGUGCUGGGCCCAGAAGCUCUCCACUGGGGAAGCUUCAAGUACUUCCCAUUGGGCCAGGUGCCCACCUAGGGGCUCCUGGCAGCCCGGCUUCUGCAGGGGACAGCUCCUUGGGUGAGCCAAGUGACGCCAUGAAGAUCCCCAACAGGGACAGUGGGAUUGACAGCCCAUCAUCCAGUGUGGCCAGUGAGAACUUCCCCUGUGAAGAGGGCAGUGAGGGCUCCCCAGGCCCUGCCAUACUGGGGCUACACCCUGAGACAGCUGUGGACAGCCAGGUCCCACAAGACACCACCCCCCAGGAGGAGGAAGAUAGCGGUGUGGGUGAGGAGCCUGAUCCUAAGAUCACCGCUUCCAGGCCAGAGGAGAAUGUCGGCUUGACUCAGUGCUCUGACCCACAGAAGCGGCUAAACAUUGCCCGGGAGCUCCUGCACACUGAGGAGGCCUACGUGAAGCGGCUGCACUUGCUGGACCAGGUUUUCUGCACCAAGCUGACAGAAGCAGGGAUCCCUCCAGAAGUCACCACUGGCAUUUUCUCCAACAUCUCUUCCAUCUACCGUUUCCAUGGGCAGUUCCUCCUGCCCGAGUUGCAGAAGAGGAUCACAGAGGAGUGGGACACAAACCCUCGACUUGGAGACAUCCUGCAGAAACUGGCCCCAUUCCUGAAGAUGUAUGGCGAGUAUGUCAAGAACUUUGACAGGGCAAUGGGGCUGGUGAGCACAUGGACCCAGCGCUCUCAGCAGUUUAAGGAUGUCAUCCACAGCGUCCAGAAGCAGGAGGUGUGUGGGAACUUGACACUGCAGCAUCACAUGCUGGAGCCUGUGCAGAGGGUCCCCCGCUACGAGCUGCUGCUCAAAGACUACCUGAACAGGCUCCCCAGGGAUGCCCCAGACCGGAAGGAUGCUGAGAGGUCUCUGGAGCUCAUCUCCACAGCUGCUGACCACUCCAAUGCUGCCAUCAGGAAGAUGGAGAAAAUGCACAAGCUCCUGGAGGUGUAUGAGCAGCUGGGUGGGGAAGAAGACAUCGUGAACCCAGCCAAUGAGCUGAUCAAGGAGGGCAACAUCCAGAAAUUGUCGGCCAAGAACGGUACCACGCAGGACCGGCACCUCUUCUUGUUCAACAAUGUGAUGCUCUACUGUGUACCCAAACUAAGGCUCAUGGGCCAGAAGUUCAGUGUACGGGAGAAAAUGGAUAUCUCUGAUCUCCAGGUGCAAGAUAUUGUGAAACCAAAUGCUGCACACACGUUCAUCAUAACAGGAAGAAAGAGGUCCCUGGAGCUUCAGACUCGGACACAAGAAGAGAAGAAAGAAUGGAUUCAGGUUAUUCAGGCCACCGUGGAGAAGCACAAACAGAAGAGCGAGACCUUCAGGGCCUUCAGCGGUGCCUGUAGCCAGGAUGAGGAGCCCAGCCUGUCUCCAGACCAGCCUAUCAUGAGUGCCAGCUCUGUGGAAACUGCAGGGGUAGCCGACAGCAAUGGGGGCACUGCAGGGAUCGAGUCCAGAAAGUUGUCCUCUAAAACAAGACGUGACAAAGAGAAGCCUGGAUGUAAGAGCUGCGGUGAGACCUUCAACUCCAUCACCAAGAGGAGGCAUCGCUGCAAGCUGUGUGGAGAGGUCAUCUGUAGGAAGUGCUCAGAGUUCAAGGCUGAGAACAGUAAGCAGAGCCGGGUCUGCCGAGAGUGUUUCCUGGAAGAACCCUUGGUCCCUACAAGCCCUAGCUCUGAGACUCCCACGGAGCUCAAACAGAAUGCAGAGAAGCCUCCCUCUGUGGAUCCUCGGCCUAGCCUGGUCUGUAGCACCCUGCGUCUGUCCGACAAUGGUAUAGCCUGGAGUGAAGUGUGGGCAGACAUCCCGGAGUCAGAUCCCCAGGUGCUAGUCCUGCUGGCAGGCAGCCAGGCCGGAAGACUCCUGCAUACCAUCCCACUCUCUGGCUGUACUGUAACAGUGCCCGACCCUCAAGCGGGGCUGGCAGCAGGCUGUGUGUGGAAGCUGCAUCAGGGUUCGCAGACCUGGUGGCUGAGUGCCCCCUCCACAAAGCUUCAGCAGUGUUGGCUGGAAGCUCUGAGCACUGCUGCUUGUGGGGACACAGCUGGGGACAGACCAGGUGCCUCUCAGCAGCCCCGAGCCUCAGCAAGCACCGACACUCCGUGAGCAGAGCCUCCUACUGUCCUUCCCACUAUUGUGUUUGACCUGUGUUCUUUUCGGGUGACCUUAGAAGUCACAUGAAGGAAUGAAGGACUCCCGGGACCACUGAGGAUGGACUGAUGGCCCAGAGAAGAGUAGCAGUGGGUCCAAGAUCACUCAGCAAGUCUUAGACAAGAGUUGAGCUUCUGAGUCUAGCCCCAUCAUGGUGGUUAGAGCAGGGGAGGACGGCCACUACAAAGCAAAUGCCAUCUGAGCAGGCUGACUGGUGAUACCAGCCCUCAAAGGCACAAGGAGGCCAGGUGGGCCCUGCUCAGGGGUGAUCGUGUCUAACCUGGUGUGAUGUCACUUUGGGGAAGGCAGAGCUGUCUGGAGCCUGACCUGUAUCCACUGUGUGAGCUGGACCAUGACCUGGGGCACCACCCCUCCGGGCUCUACUCCCACACUCUGCCCUCUCCUGAAGCAUUGCUCAUCUACUAUUCCUGUAGAGCCCUUGAAGGGAAAGGAGCAAGAGCCUUCUUAUCCUACCAUUCCAAAACAGCCACACUGUGGGGAGGCCGGCUCUCGGCCUCUGUGUGGCAGGUUUAUGAAAUUUCAGGCUGGCUCCUCUGUGGGCAGGUGCCAUACUUGUCAGUAUAAAUGCUGGCCUUCAGCCUCAAGACCUUCAAAUCCACUCUUCACGGGAUCCCCCCUCAAGGCAGGUGGCUAGAAGAGGGAUGGUGGGCAAAGGUAACAAAAUGGCAUGGACCACACACUUGUCUGGGAGAGCAGCUCUGUAUCCCAGAUGCUGUAGUGAGUGGGUGAGUGGCUAAGCCACACGGCAGGGUGGGGAUGCUGGCAGUCAGGAUGUGGGGAUGUGACGAAGGUCAUGGGCUCAGGAGUAGGAAAUUUAGAGAACAAUGAUGGAGUUUUGGUUCUUCAGCGUUCCAGCCCUCUAGCAUCAGCACAGCACUGUGUGGAGAUAACUGGGCAGGCAUGAGAGCAGCUACCUGGAGGGGAGAGGGGAUGUAGAGCCAGAAAUGAGUGUCGGUUAUAGGUGACAUUGGGAGGCACAGGUGAGGCGGGGCCUCCAGUGAGAUGAGGGCCCAGGUACAGUAGGAUGGCGGUAAAAGUAACGUGCAUCGGGGCAGAGGUGAAGUGGGAGGGGCGGAGAUGAGGUGGACAGCAUACAAGGGUACAGGUGAGAUGUCAGAACACAGCUGAGUCUGUGUGUGAGCCAGCUGGACUGGGCAUGGGCUGCCUGGGGAUCGCUUGCAAACACCUGGUCCUCUGCCUUGCACUCACCGUGCUGAGCUGAAGGUUCCCAGUUCACCCCGAGGAAACAGCAAAACAAACGGAAUGAGGCUAGGCCUCUUAGCUUCUACCCAAGGAAAGAUAACGAAGUCCUUCCUACCCAGUCCUGCAUGGGAGCAGUGGUGAAGGUGGCACACGUGGAACAACAAAUGAAGUUGGCGCCUUCCUUGGCUUGGCACACUGCAGGGCAGACACACCAGAUGGACACAAGCCUUCAGCCUCUUGCCAUCCUCUGUUGCUUCCUCCUGCCCGCAGAAGUUCUGGCCUUUGCAUUUCAAGGAUUCCAAGUGCCCAUCCUCUGAGGAAUCAGAGUCCGAGGAGAAUGCCUGUGUAUCCUGCCCCCAGGAUGUGGACCAGUCAGCUUGCAAUUUGGGGGCCUGGUGCUACCUGAGCAAAAAGGUGCACAGUUACUUUUCUUGUUGCAGUGACAAAGUAUUAGACGAGAACACCUGCAGAAGAAAGGGUUUGCGUGGCUCACAGUUUGAGGGUACGGUCCGUCAUGCUGGGGGAAACUCGGGAGCAGGAGUGCUGGCUGCAUUCCACCCACAGUGGGAGAGCAGAACCCACCUUCUUCUCCUUUUUAUCCAUCCCAGGUCUCUAAGCCAUGGAAUGUUCUGUUCACAUUCUAGGUCAGUUUUUUCUUCUCAAUUAAACCUUUCUGGAAACACCCGAA